AUGCAAGUUAAAUAUACGGAUAUAGAUUAUAAAGUAUUUACCGAUGCGGCACGAUUUGUUACUUUGGGUGAAAGUCCCUACAAACGAGCAACGUACCGAUAUACACCACUUCUUGCUUUUCUAUUAACACCAAAUAUAUAUAUUCACGUUUCAUUUGGUAAAUUCGUUUUUGUAUUAUCGGACAUUAUUGUAGGGGUUUUGAUAUAUAAGAUACUUUGUUUAAGAGGGUUAGAAAGUCAAAAAGCGGCCAAACAUUCCGCGUUAUGGCUUUUGAAUCCAAUUGUAGCAAGCAUUUCUACGCGUGGAAAUUCCGAAUCAUUAAUUGGAGCAAUGGUUUUAUUAACAUUAUAUUGGGUAUUGGUAAAAAAAUUCAUAUUGGCGAGUAUAUUAUAUGGAAUUUCAGUUCAUUUUAAAAUCUAUCCAAUUAUAUAUUCACUUCCAUUAUUGGUUUUAUUGGAUGAUGAAGAUUAUAGAGGAUUAAGAAGGAAAGGCAAAGAAAAAGAAUAUGAUAAAAAUUCUUGGAGAUACUGGCAAGAUAAAAUAAUGAGAUUUAUAACACCCACACGAAUCAAAUUUACUUUAAUUAGUGGGGGAAUAUUUUUCAUAUUACAUGGAAUAAUGUAUUAUCUAGGCUCAAUUAUGGGUUUAAUUCCUUUUUUACCACAAAUUGGAAUUGUUUCAGCGUUAGGAAUUGUAUUUGGAAAAGACAUAUUUUUUGCAUGUUUUAUUCAAACAUUUGCAUUCGUAACUUAUAAUAAAGUUUGUACUUCACAGUAUUUUAUGUGGUAUAUUUGUCUAUUUCCUUUAAUAAUCCAAUCCACAAAAAUUAAUUUCAAGUACAAGGGAUUUUUUAUGUUAUUGGCAUGGGUUGGUUCUCAGGCAUUCUGGCUAUAUCAAGCUUAUCAAGUAGAAUUUCUGGGAGAAAAUACAUUUUUAAGGAUUUGGAUGGCAAGUGUGACAUUUUUCAUAGUCAAUGUAUGGAUAUUGACAGAAUUGGUAAAAAAUCAUAAUUACAAAAAAUGUUUUGAAUUGGGUACAGUUAAAAGAGUUUGGGAUGUUUUGAAUAACGUGGAAGAAAGUUCUUUCAAAGGUAAUAAUUUAGGAAACUUUCAUUCAUAUUAA